UCAUCUUAUUAAUAGCCAAAAGACACUAGUAACUCUUAAAGACAUUCGGGUAUUCUUUGACAUUCUUGUGUCGAAUGAAGAGACUCCAGAUGAAUGUGAAGAAAGUACUAGAGAGAGAAAGAAAGCUAUCCAAGCUAUUCAAGAAAAUAAUUUUGAAACUGCUUUAGACGAUUUAUACUCAUUCUACUGA